GCAUAGAUAUGACGCAUUACGCAAGUGACAUAGCCGCGCAGUGCAUGCUUUGGAUGAACGACGGCUGAGUCCCUAUUUGAACCAAGGCUACGCCAAGUUGUUGCGUUCCGUUGACGCCUGAUCUGAGAUGUAUCGUCCCAAACCAACCCUGCGGGACCGCCAGCACUUGUACCGGCUGAUCAUCAGCCAGCUGUUGUAUGACGGCUACACCAACAUCGCCAACAACCUAAUUACGGAGGUCAAGCCGCAAAGUGUUGUGUCUCCCUCAGAAAGCCUCAUGCAGCUGGCCAAGAUAGGCAUGGAGAACGAUGACAGCGCGGUGCAGUACGCCAUCGGGCGGUCCGACACGGUGGCCCCGGGUGUUGGCAUCGAUCUGGAGUUUGACGCUGACGUCCAAAGCAUGUCCCCUGAGGCGUCAGAGUACGAGACCUGUUACGUGACGUCCCACAAAGGCCCCUGUCGUGUGGCCACAUACAGCAAGGACGGACAGCUCAUCGCCACCGGCUCCGCCGACGCCUCCAUCAAAGUCCUGGACACGGAGCGCAUGCUGGCCAAGAGCGCCAUGCCAAUAGAGGUGAUGAUGAAUGAGACCGCCCAGCAGAAUAUGGAGAACCACCCUGUCAUCAGAACGCUGUACGACCAUGUCGAUGAGGUCACCUGCCUUGCAUUCCACCCCACGGAACAGAUCCUGGCGUCCGGGUCGCGGGACUACACCCUCAAACUGUUUGACUACUCCAAGCCCUCCGCCAAGAGGGCCUUCAAACACGUACAGGAAGCCGAGAUGUUACGCUCCAUCUCAUUCCACCCGUCCGGUGACUUCCUGGUGGUGGGAACGCAGCAUCCAACGCUCCGCCUCUACGACGUCAACACCUUCCAGUGCUUUGUCUCCUGUAAUCCCCUUGACCAGCACACAGACUCCAUCAGUGGGGUCAAUUAUAACCCCUCGGCCAACAGCUAUGUGUCGUGCAGUAAGGAUGGAAGUAUCAAACUCUGGGACGGUGUUUCUAACCGCUGCGUGAUGACCUUUGAUAAGGCCCAUGAUGGGGCCGAGGUCUGCUCUGCUGUCUUCUCCAAGAACUCCAAGUAUGUCCUCUCUACUGGGAAGGACUCGGUCGCAAAGCUCUGGGAGAUCUCAACCGGACGCACCCUGGUCAAAUACACAGGUGCUGGUCUGAGUGGCCGGCAGAUGCACCGUACCCAUGGAGUCUUCAACCACACCGAGGACUAUGUUCUUCUGCCUGACGAGAGGACCAUCUCUCUGUGCUGCUGGGACUCCCGCUCUGCGGAGAGGAGGAACCUGCUGUCUCUGGGCCACAACAACAUCGUCCGCUGCCUCGUCCACUCCCCCACUAACCCAGGGUUCAUGACCUGUAGCGAUGAUUUCAGGGCCCGCUUCUGGUACCGACGAACCACCACUGACUGACCCUCCUCCCAGAAUCCUUUGCUGUCUGGAAAUAGCUAUUUUCCUCGGGUCUGACUUCAGAUCUUUGCUCACCAUCUGCAGCUGAGAGACUAGUGGCAUGUUUCCCUGACUAGAAGCAUUGUCAUUGGUCCUAGUCCUGUACUAAAAGCAUUGUCAUUGGUCCUUGUCCUGUACUAAAAGCAUUGUCAUUGGUACUAGUCCUGUACUAAAAGCAUUGUCAUUCUCAGUUUCCCACAUACUGAGUGGGUGUACAAAAACAAUACAUGUAAGUGGAAAAUAUUAAUUGGAAUUUAUUUUUAGUCCUGGACUAGACAUAAUGUUUAUCUGGUCAACUGGUCCUGCUAAACUCCCCAAGACCCUCUAUUAUGGUGCCUCACUAAAUUCCCCAAAACCCGCUAUUAUGGUACCUCACUAAAUUCCCCAAAACCCUCUAUUCUGAUGCUUCACUAAACUCCCCAAGACCCUCCAUUCUGAUGCCUCACUAAACUCCCCAAGACCCUCUAUUCUGAUGCCUCACUAAACUCCCCAAGACCCUCUAUUCUGAUGCCUCACUAAACUAAACUCUCAGCACGACCAUGGCUUCCAGUUCCAGAGGUGUUACUGAACCCUCCAUAGCCGACCAUUCAAGCUUCGUUCUGGACUGUAUUUCUAUGUCUGUACUGUGUCCAUUGAGUAAGAAUCACCCACUGUUUAACCAGUAUGUUUAUCUGAGCCAUGUUGUUGGAGAAUGACACCGUUGUUGGACUGGCUGAUUAAAUGACCAGCAGAUUUGCAAA